GUUUACCCGUCUACUACGUUACUUUCUAUUGAUUCGCAGCCAAGAAUGGGUUUUGUCUACGUUAUCGAACAUAUGGAAGACGAUGACGAAACUACUCGCGUCAUUCCUCCCUGGGCAAUAUUAGAGUAUGCGCACAUGCGAAUGCUCGCAGGCCCGGAUUCCAAAGUGCAUUUCACCAACGUCUCAAAAUCAUCCGCCGACGCGUUAUCCGCUUCGUUCAGCACCGACAACAGCGAAACUUUAGCUACAGCGACGUGCUUCCAAUCCGGAGUAAUGGACAGGAUCACAGGUACACUACCCGCGAUCGAAAAAGCGUGCCUGUUGGAUCCCAAGGCAGAGAAGGAGCUCUCGCCAGAAGACGGAGAUGGGCGGUUCGAAUGGUUCGUGUUUGGGGGUAUUCUCGGUGACGAUCCCCCGCGGGACAGGACUGCCGAGCUACGUGUCUUGGGGUUCCCCGCACGGCGAUUGGGUCCUAUACAGAUGACGACGGACACCGCCCUGGGUGUCACCAAAUUGGUCGUGGAAGACAAAAUUCCUAUCGACAAGAUACCCUACAUCGACUACCCAACAAUCACCUUCAACCCCAAAGAAAGCGUCGAAAUGCCUUUCAGAUACAUCGCCGAAGGCUCUGAACCAAAAUUACCACCAGGAAUGCGACAACUCCUACAUGGAGACCUCAACAAGAGCUUCGAUUUCUGACAGUGACGUGAUAAAAAGAUCUACAGGCAUACAGAUAUAUGUGAUAUAGAUUGGCAAUGUCCUCAUGCUUGUGUAAUUGAUUAACGAGACAGAUGAAUGAAUGAAUGAAUGAAAGGAGAGA